AGUUGUUGGAGUAUACAGUGUGUGAUCGAUUUCAGCACUAAAAGGGAUAUAUCUAUGAAUUAAGUUUCUGUCUUUUGGUCUAAAAUUAGCUUAAAUCUGUUGAAGACACAGCGUGUAGUGACUUAGCAGCAGGAUUUUCUGGUCUAGAUGUGAUGUCAGCCCGAAACUUCACUCAACAUGUUAUCUAAGAAGCACUGCCUGUCACACACGCUCCUCCUGCUGCUUGGUUGCUGGACAGCAGAUGGAGCUCACAAUGACUCGGAAGCAGGGUCCGUCACAGAGCUGGCCCCAGUCGCCUCUAGCAGGUACAUCUUGGCAAAGGAAGGGUCCAGCACGCUCAUCGAGUGUAACGUGACUGAAGUUCAAGAGGACGUCCGGUGGUACAACUCUAAAGGACUUCUUCUUGGAGAAGAAGAAGGCGGGAAGUGGCAGAUCCAGGAGAGGGGUGCCCUAAACAUCAGUGUGGUGUCCUUUGAGGACCGUGGCCGCUACACCUGCGUAGCCUCAACAGGCAUCGGCCUCACCAGAAACUACACGGUCAUUCUGCGUGUGGCGUACACCAACAGUGGCCUGGGGCUGUACUUUGUCAUUGUGUGCUUGGUGGCUUUCGCCAUCACCAUGGUCCUCAACGUGGCGCGCUUGUGCAUGGUCAGCAGCCACCUCAAAGAGACAGAGAAGACCAUCAACGAGUUCUUCCGCACCGAGGGCACCGAGAAGCUGCAGAAGGCAUUUGACAUUGCCAAAAGCAUUCCCAUAGUCACCUCGGCGAAGACGGUGGAGUUCGCCAAGGUCACGCAGUUUAAGACCAUGGAGUUCGCCCGUCACAUCGAGGAGUUGGCACACAGCAUUCCUCUUCCGCCGCUCAUUCUGAACUGCAGAUCGUUUUCAGAGGAGAACAUGAACCCAGAGAGCGAUCCUGGAAAGAGGAGCAGGCAGGCCUUCGGCCCGCCGUGCCCUGACCAAAUCGAAGAGGAAAAGGUGUGUGAGGCAAUGCUGUCAAGUGAAAGACAAAGGAAUGAUGGGAUGGGUGAAGACUUGAAUGUGUCUCUGCAUAAAGUAAAGGUUGACAUUGAGGAUGAUGAGAGCAGCGCAUGAACUCAGUGGGAAUUCCAGCAAAGAACAUUUUUACAGCCAGAUAAAUGAGGUUUUUGUCUUAGAAGAUUGGCUUUCAACUUGAAUGGAGCAAUUUACGAUUUAUUUUUGAUCUCAUUCUUAUUCCUGCAGCUCAAGUUCUCAAACAUAAGCUAAAACUAACUUUAGACUUUUUUCCCUUGCUUUCAGACAUUAUUUAACUCACCAUCAGAUUUCCAAUUUUUGGUUUAUGUUUCUGCGAUUUUAGAUCAUUUCACUCAUUCAAGGUUCUUUUAUUCCUUCGUUUCCUUCUUUGUUCCCUUUGACAGGCUGGUCAGCCUCCACUGAGAAAAUAUUGUCUGGUAAAAUCAUUAUCUCUCCACUUCCAUUGUUGUCACAUCACUCAUAGGUAAUUGGUUUUAUAGGACUUGACUGAUAUCACGCAUGUAUUGUUUGCCUGAAAAACAUUUAAUUGCAAAGCUUGAAAUGAAGAUUUUAAAUAAAGCGGCAAACGUUUAAAUAUAAAAGGAAGAUUCUUACACAGUAAGAUGGAAUAUUUACCAUGGAAAAUGUCAUAUUUGGUCUGAAAAUUAAAUUAAUUAAAUUAUCUGAUUAUA